AUGUCCACCGAAAAGGCACGCAGUGUCUAUGGUUUCCAUGACAUGACGACGAGAACAAAGAAGGUAUUGGAUGCAGCUGAGGAAGCACAAGAUAUCAAGGAAUGCAUGCUCAAGGUUGUCCGCUUGAAGGAUAAAGCACUGCUACAGGCAUCUGGUGUUGAUGACAGUGCAAGUGAAGAAAGUGAAUCUGCGAGUGAGACUGAUGUUGAUUCUGACGAUACUUCUGGUAUGGUAGAUGGCGUAAAGAAUGGAAACCAGUCUAGCAACAGGGACGAGGAUGACUCAAAAGAAGGAAGUUCUGAGCUUCCCCCAACAGAGGAAGGUGUGAUACCUCAUCAGUUUCAGCUCCGAGAUUACAUGAACAGUGAUGAAACAUACAAACAUGUUACAGAAACAGAAGGUGUGUACAUGAAUUCACAUCAGCUCUUGGACAUCCUUAGAAAGUGCGCACUGAACUGGUUUGAAUUUGUUAUGAUUCCCCAAAGAUUACUCAGUAACAUUUCAGAUGAAGCUUUACAUCAGCUUUUGUUAGACUUUGGAGGUCAAAUCGCUUUCCUUGGUCUUAGUGUUGAAGAGGAACGUGUUAUAGAGCAGUCACGCCAGGCUUACCUUUUGAGUCAAAGGCUGCAAAGCAUAAGAGGCGAAGACACUGGCGAAGAAAUUGUGUCCGAGUCUAAUGUAAGUGAAGGUGAAAUGUUGCAGGUUGAAGACUUGCUGGGGGAAAGAGGGAGAGCUAUCUUGAACAAGAAGCGAUCUGCUGUGCGGAGGAAAGGGAUUCGUGAAGUAAAGCGAGUUUCACAAGUGCUGCGAGACUCUCCAGGCAUUGGUCAAGCCAUAGAGGAUUUUGUAAAAGCAUGCGGAGCAGGUGCUGAUGCCUGGCGGCGUACUGGUGCCUUAACGUUUGAUGGCAACAGAAAGAUCAAACAGAAAGCUACAUUCAAGAAAAUAAAGGAGCACCUGGAACAGAAGUACAACCGAUCCAUUUCAUAUGGUUCCGUAGUCCAGUUAUGUGUAGCACGAAAUAGGAGAAGGCGUUCCGCUGUUUGGUAUAAAGGUGUGGCAAAUGUUAUCCAGAGAAGAGCACGCAAGGAAUUCAACCUUAAAUACAAUCUGGAUGUACACUGGAGUUCGGCCUUUUAUGCGUCACUCAAUCAUCUUCAGUAUAAAGAUGGCCACAAUAUUGUCAAUCUAGGAAGAGAUGACCAGGCCGGUUUCCGGCUUGAUACAAUGACCACACACAAGCUUCACUCCACUCUUUCCAUCAAGGGAAGUGAGCCUCUUACAACCUACACGGACUAUGUUAACAAGUAUCCAUCAACCUUGCAAACAACAUCCUACAAUUUUUCUGGGACUGAUAGUACUGGUGAAAUAUGCUGUGGUAUGGUUAAAGCAACCCCGCUUCACUGGAAAAACGCGGCGCAGCAUUUUGCUGAUCUGAAAGAAGUAGAGAAAAAGGAUUCCGUUCGACCUGCAUUCAUUAAUCCGAUUACUCAAGAGAAAAAGAAAAUAGAAUGUAUUCGUGUUGACGGUGCAUUUCAUGAAGGACCGCCACAUAAAGAGGUGCAGUAUUGGUGGACUCGAAGGCAUUUGGAGGUGGAAACUGUUGUAACUCUCGUAUCAUCACGUAACAGUGGUGCAAGCUUCGAACUUCAGAAUGGAUGCCUUGCUCUAGGGCACACAAACCUCUUCAUACCAUCUACACUAAAUGGGUCAUGCUUAACAUUUCCUGUAGAUCAGAACAUGCUGCGUAAGAACCUUGAAUCUGCUAUAGAUGUUCACAUUUCUAGGGUAGGUGGCGCCCCUUGA